CAGAGAGAAAAUGCCUUCCACAAGGACAAGACCUAUUGAGAAGUUUGCCAAAGCCACUUCGAAGUGUUCUGUCGAGGCGGCGGCGUAUGGCAAGUGCAUUGUUGCGGAUUACAAUUCGGUCCACAAAGAUAUGUGUGCUAAAGAAUUCAUGAAGCUCAAAGACUGUUUUCUGGCAGCGUCGAAGAAGGUGUAAAGGAGACGGUGAGACCCAAAGUGGCGAGGCUUUUACCUCUCAGAUGCCGGUAUUGAUUGCGACUUACCCUUCCCGAUUAUUUCUUAUUAUUACUAUUAUUUAUUUUUCUCUUGUACAUUUAUGGAUGAAGUACACCAUUCCAACUUCAAAAAAAAUCAUUCCAUGUAUAAA